AGUUAAGGUCGAACCCUGCAUGUACAGACGUGCAAGUCGAUCACAGCAGUUCAGGGGCUGUCAUUUACCCCAUAAUUUUGCUCAUAAAUAAAAACCCUGACCUCUUUCUGAAAAUAUAAGCCUGCUGAUAUUCAAUAUGGUAUUUAAUUAAUUGUAGCGAACUAAAAAUUUAAAUUUACUUUUCCUGCUGGUAGUAGGCUAACUUUUUAAUACCCAAUGAUUGAUUCAGGAUAUUCAGGAUAUUCACACAAAUAAAGAUUUAUAACACCAUUCAUUAUCUGUGUUUAUCAUGCAGGAAUGACACCAGUUCUUGUACCCAGGCCUAUGUGGGUUGACUUGGUGAAUCAUGGACAGUAAAGGCACUUCUCCACCGGCAUCUACAUGUAAUGUAGCCAGUGUGAUUCUGGUGGACCAGUACUCCAGACAGGUAGCCAGCAACCUCAGCCAUGAUUCGUUGGACUGUAGGGAACCACUCGUUUGUUCAACCUGUGGUGAAUCUGUUACUUCACAAAGUGAUCUUCAGGCCCAUCAGAGGGUGCACACGUGUGAGAAACGAUUCGGCUGCAAGACCUGUGGUAAAGCCUUUACUAAACGAAGUCUUCUUCGACGACACGACAGAGUUCACACUGGUGAGAAACCAUUCAUUUGUGAGACCUGUGGGAAAGCCUUUGCCCGGCAAUCUACUCUAAAACAACACGGAAGAGUACACGGUGGCGAGAAACCAUUUGUUUGUGAGACUUGCGGCCAAGCCUGCCCUUAUCUAAGUGCUCUCCAGGUUCAUGAGAGACUGCACACUGGCGAGAAACCAUUUGUUUGCGCAACCUGUGGGAAAGCCUUUGCUCAGCGAAGUGGUCUACGUCAGCAUAUUGACAGGGUUCACACUGGUGAGAAACCAUUCGAAUGUGCGACCUGUGGUAAAGCCUUUCCUCAGCCAACUGCUCUACGCCAACAUGAGAGGAUUCACACUAGUGAGAAACCAUUUGAAUGUGCUACCUGUGGUAAGGCCUUUUUAAAACAAAGUGAUCUUCAACGACACAACAGAGUUCACACUGGUGAGAAACCAUUCAUCUGUGAGACCUGUGGUAAAGCUUUCACUGAUAAAUCUACUCUAAAACAACAUGAAAAGGUACACAAUGGCGAGAAACCGUUUGUUUGUGAGAUUUGCGGCCAAGCCUGCCUUUAUCAAAGUGCUCUCCAGGUUCAUGAGAGACUGCACACUGGCGAGAAACCAUUUGUUUGCGCAACCUGUGGGAAAGCCUUUGCUCAGCGUAAAGGUCUGCGUCAGCAUAUUGACAGGGUUCACACUAACGAGAAACCAUUCGUUUGUGUGACCUGUGGAAAAGCCUUUCCUCAGCAAACUGCUCUGUACAUACAUGAGAGGAUUCACACUGGUGAGAAACCAUUCGAAUGUGCGACCUGUGGUAAAGCCUUUACUCAGCGAGGUGGCCUGCUUCAGCAUAGCAGGCUUCACACUGGCGAGAAACCAUUCAUUUGUGCAACCUGUGGUAAAGCCUUUGCCCAGAAAAUUGGUCUGCUUCAGCAUGACAGACUGCACACUGGCGAGAAACCAUUUGUUUGCGAGACCUGUGGUAAAGCCUUUGCUCAGCAAAGUUGUCUAUACAUACAUAAGAAGAAUCACACUGGUGAGAAACCAUUCGAAUGUGAGACCUGUGGUAAAGCCUUUACUCAGCGAGGUGGCCUGCUUCAGCAUAGCAGGGUUCACACUGGCGAGAAACCAUUCAUUUGUGCAACCUGUGAUAAAGCCUUUGCCCAGAAAAUUGGUCUGCUUCAGCAUGGCAGAGUACACACUGGCGAGAAACCAUUCGUUUGUGAGACCUGUGGUAAAGCUUUCACUCAGCAAAAUGGUCUAAACAAACAUGAGAGAGUACACGCUGGUGAGAAAGCAUUCAUUGAAGAGACCUGCGGUGAAGCUUUCGUUCAUCCAUCUACUCUAAAUCAACAUUAAAGGGUUCAUGCUGGGGAGAAACCAUUUGUUUCUGAGACCUCUGGUCUCAGCUAUAGGGGCGUAGCAAGGUCAG